GUUUAUUGAUCUUCAAGGUAGACAUGUAAGUGUUCGAUAUCUCUUUAGAGGACACGGAAGUAUAAAGUAUAGCCAGCAUAGUUUAAACUCGUUCGGAGUAGGGUGAACUUUUAACAAGUUCACAUAUUUUGUCGUCCACGCGUGAAUCACCAUGGAGAAAGUGACUGUCUCUAAAUCGACAGUUGAGAAGUUAAAGACCCUUCCAGGUGGGAUACAGUCAGUGGUAGAAAAACUAAAAAAGGAUGGGAUUCAGGUUAAAUUUGAUGGAUCUGAAACAUCGUCACUGGAGAUAGAAGCCGAACAAGAUAUUGCACAAAUCAUAGUGGAAAAUCUGGCAGCAAUGAGUGAUAAAAAAGGCCAGACUUCAAACAAAAGUGUCACAAAAGGAAAGUUUUUCUGGUCAUUGAAAGGUCAACAUUCUACAGUUUUCCACUAUCUGUUUUUGGAAGAGAAAAAUUCAAUGGAAAAGCUUGCGUCCAUAACGGUCGAAACAGAAGAUGGCAAUGAAGUAACGAGGAUAUCGUUUCCAUUGAGUCAUUACAAAGACAUGAAAACUGCGAUCAAUAAAAUUGAGGCAGCGUUAUCCGAAUCGGUUAACCGGGAGAUAACUGUUGUUAAGAAAUUUGUACAGAAAGCCAAGGCAUUUGUAAAGAUCAAAUAUGCCACAUUUAUUGCAUUUUUUGAUAAUGACAAACUACGGAUAUUAAGUCGUUCGGAAAAUGGGUGCAAAGAAGGACAACGAGCUUGGGAAGCUUAUUCAAAAGGCGAAUCAAUAAAACAAUAUGAAUUAAAUGAAAACAGUAAACACUCUUCUUCACCAGAGGCACAUUCCCACAAAGAUCUCAAUGAUAAUGAAAAAGAGGGUAUUGCCGAAAAAGCUACCAAAUUGGACAAUGCAGAUAAAACAAAAGAAAAAAGUAUCGAAACCGAAGGUCAACAUUUAACUCUACCAAGUGCUCCACCAGCUGAUGCGUCUUUUGGACAAUCUAAAAUACCUCGCACGCAGGGCUUUACCAAAGGGAAAGGAGAUGAUGCAAAAUAUUGUUUCAUAAUGGGAAAACUGACGGUCUACGUUUACAAGAAGUCUAUCACGGAACUGGUUGGAAUUGAUGUUAUCGUAAAUGCUGCAAACGAACAUCUAGCUCACGGUGGUGGUGUUGCCUUUUAUAUAGCAAAGGCGGCUGGUAAAAAGAUAAAUGACGAAUGUCAACGCUUUAUUGCGAAUAAUAAGAAAGUUAAUGUUACCGAGAACUUUGUGUCUGGCGCUGGUGAUCUGAAAUACAAAGCAAUCAUCCAUGCAGUUGGCCCACAAUGGUACGAUUAUGAUGAUAGACGCGAUCACUGCACCAGGGAUUUACACAAUACCGUGGUCAACGCUCUGGAAGUCGCUGAACGUAAAGGCUGGGCCAGAAUUGCAUUACCGGCUAUAAGUUCAGCUCUUUUUGGUGUUCCGAAAAUAUUGUGUGCGCAAAUGUACAUAAAAGCCUUAGAAACAUUUGCAAGCCGUGACGAUCUUCAGCAUCUUAAAGAAAUUCAUUUUGUGGACUUGAAUGAUGAAAUCUUACAAAUGGUAAAAGAAGCACAUCAGGUUUGGGUGGACGAUCCGAGCAAACUGGAUUUUCAAAACGCCAAUCAAUACGUCGCAGCACCUCCAGUCGCAAGUAAAAGUAUCCUGAAAAAGACGGCUUCCUCGACCUCUAAAGGCGGUCCAGCAAGUAACCCAGCAGUUAUUAAAAUUAUUAAAGAAACAGCCACAAAGAUGAAAAAGAAGAAAAUGAUUUGUUCGUUGCCGAGAGACGUUUUAUUGUUCGUGUAUGAGGGCUCUGUGCUGGAUAUGGAGGCACAGUAUGAUGCGAUAACCUGUCCGUGCGAAGGGGUCCUGUCGGACCUGAUAGCGAACGAGGUCGGAACGGCUUACUACGAAAAGCAGCUUGAGGCCUUUAGGGAUAGAGAUGAAGGAGCAUUAUUUUCUAUUAAAGGAAAAGGUGAUAAAUUGUCAAAUACGAGGAUAGUUCACAUUGUUCACAGGAGAAGUCACUUUGAUGAUUCAGAGCAAUCAUUAAAAAGUCUGUCAUGGCGUACAGAGACGAUGUUGAACUUUUUAAAUAAUAAAUACAGAUGCCCGACGCUUCCAUGCCUGUUGCCAGGUAAAAUCCAAGACUUGAGAAAACCGGCAAAGAAUUUCGUUCAAGAAAUACUUGACUUUUGCGUGACAAAUGAUGACGUAAACAUUAAGGAAAUCCACGUGGUUGAUACAAACCCGACCUUAGUCCAAGCAAUUACGAGUGAAAUUCGUUCUAUCUGCACUAGCCCUAACGCACAAAAUGACGGUUGGACAAAACACACAUCAUUAGAAUUUAUUGACGCAAAAGCAGCGGUUAAAUUUGACGCAAAAGUCGCAGCGUCUACAUCUACCACGGAGUCAGAGUGUCCAAUUUGCUCAGAGACUGUGCGAGACUUUGUAACCCUUCCAUGUAACCAUCAGCUUUGCAAGAAGUGCACAGACUAUGUCAAGAAGGUGAAGCCGCAAUGUCCAUUUUGUAGCAAAACCUUUGGCACAGUUACCGGAAAUCAGCCCCCAGCAGAUAUGUACUUCCGCUCUAGCCCAUAUUUCUUACCUGGCUAUGACGAAUGUACUACGAUAGAAAUCAUGUACGACGUUCCAGCCGGGAAACAAACCCCGGAGCAUCCCCGACCUGGCAGAUCGUACGAUGCCGUGAGGAGAUUAGCUUUCCUGCCAGAUAACGAGGAAGGCAGGCGCGUGCUUCACUUGCUGAGGAGAGCGUUCGAUCAGCGUCUGAUCUUCACCAUUGGCGAAUCGAGGACGAGCGGAAUGGAAGGCGUAGUCACGUGGAAUGACAUUCACCACAAGACCCGACGUUACGGCGGACCAGAGGGAUUUGGCUACCCGGACCCUACGUAUCUGCAACGUGUGCAAGAGGAGUUGUCUGCCAAAGGGGUUACUGAAUGAACGCAUGAAUGAACGAGUAACCAUAACAUGUUACGUAAAGGACGGACAAAGACGUUAGUGUAUCGACUCCUGUUUAUGUUUAAAGCGGUCUAUACCAUAUGAAAUAAUAACGAUGAAAUUACACAAUAUGUAUCUAUAACAUAUAUAGCAAAUGUAUAAAAAAAAUAAGAGAAAUAGUGUAUAGAGAGUAUAACAUUGAACAACGCGUUACAUUCUCUAUGCCAUUGACCUAUUAAAGUGCAAUCCUAAUGCUUAAUAUUGAGGACAUAAUAUUGAUAUCAAUGCACCGAACUAGAAAUGCUUUUAUUUAUUUACAUUUAGUUUACUAUAUGUAAAUUAUAUAUGUAUAGACGUUUACUCAAUAUAAUCGUUAUAUAACUCGUAAACCGCUAUCAUUAUUUCAGUUUUAAUAUAAUAAAUGUCUAAAAUAUAAUUCAACAAAAGUACAACAACAACAACGUACUAUUAUUCAAAGCUGGGAUUAUGUACAAAGCGUUUUACACAACCGAACAUACAAGUUUUAUUCACCAUGAAGCAUGUCAGAUUAAGACAACACUGUAUUACAGACGAAAGUUCAGAAACUGCCCAGGUACUGAGAUCAGUAUUAGAAUUAUUGUGUUUGGGCACAGACUAUAACGUUCCCUUUCAUACGUUCCUACUGAGAUUGAUUUUCCAGAUCAUUUUGAAUGUAAAAUUACGUUGAAUAAAGAUAGAGUUUGAUUUCAUUUUGAUUUUUUGCAAAUGUUACUGUAUAUUGUAUAAAUAGUCAGUAUUUCACUUUCAUUUCGUUACAAUUCUGAUUUUAUUUUGUAUUGAGAGUAAUAUGCGCAUUGUCUAUGUAUUAUAUGGAGCAUAUAUAUGUAAUGACCUUUAUUAUAUAUUUAUAUUUCCAUUGUAAUAUUUACUUACAUCUUAAUUUUGUAAAUGUUGUAUCGUUUUCUGAAUAUUUCACGUUCUGGAUUUGUCUUUUUAAGCAUUUGAAUAUAUCACUUGAAGUA